AUGAGGAGAGGUUUGCUGCUGGUGACUCUGUUCCUCAUAAUGAAACUUCGAUACAGCCAGUCCAGAUGCGAGGAGCCAGGAUCGCGCAGAUCAACUUCAGAUCAAACCAUAGGUUUGGACAACCUCAAACGGAACAUUCUCAAGAGGUAUAGCGAUUUGGAUUAUGACAGCUUUGUGGGUCUGAUGGGAAGAAGAAAUGCUGCAGAUGCAGACGCUGUACAGUCACCACAAAAAAGGGAAAUGCAUGACAUUUUUGUUGGUCUCAUGGGAAGGAGAAACUCAGAGCCUGAGAAUGGCCCCUGGAGGAGAGAGUACCCAGAGAGGAGAGGCAUUUUUCUCAACAAGUGCCGGCUGAGGUUUCUUCAGGGGCUGUAGACAUUCAAACUGAAGCAGCUCUCUCAUCUGGCAACAAUGACAGAAGAUCACAGAGAAUACAAACAAUGAACUAAAUGUCUGAUGGAGACGACUUAAUGAUGUGAUUCACAAUGUAAACUGCCAGCUGGCUUAUGAAAGUGACCAUAAACUACACAGAUUGUAUUUGUUUUAUCUGAAGACCAAACAUGAUUAGACGUGACAGCUGAUAUAUUCUAUUUCUUCAUCAUGUUAUUCUU